UCUUGUAUAACUUCGUUCGGCGAAAAUUGUAUCUUUGUCCGACACUAUAAGCGAUUCAAGAUACGUUAUAAUGUCUAUUAUGCCUAUUAUCUGGGUUACGAUUAUUCUCGCUAUCGGUCACUGUCAGGUCCGUGCUAUCCUUCUUCCGCGCUCGGAAAUAAAGCCUCUGAUGCCAGCACCUAUGGUUGAUGUUCAUACCGAGAUUUGGAGACAGCCCGACCAAUACUAUGUCUAUCUCGCGGAAGGUUAUACUAUCGCGGAGCACUUCCACACCAUCGGCCAGAACUUGACCCACCGAAUCAAGCGGCGCUGGGAUGAUCCAGAUCUAGAUCAUCCCAAUUAUGCCUUCACCAUUUAUCUGACCGAUCAGUCCGAUCUCGACCUCAUCAGAAGAGACUCCAGAGUCAAGUCAGUCGGCCAAGACUUUAAGUCGGCCGACUUGGACAUUUGGUUUGACUGGACGUACGAGGAGCCUGACAAUCCUCUUCGUAUAGCACAAGAGGCGCGUCUCAAUUGGCGCUACACUAAACCUGUUCAACUAGCAAGACCGGAGCCAGGAUUUGUUGUGCGGAAAUUUCCACACGAGUACUAUGUGUAUCUAGAUCGUGAUUGGACCAUUGAAGGUUACUUCACUAAACUAGAGCGCGACUGGAUCGAUCGCACGAAAAAAAGAAGCAACCCCGACGGUCCCUGGUCCGAAGCCUCCUUCAUUAUCCAUCUUGAAGAUGAAGCAGAUCUCGCCGUAGUUCGUGCGAGCGCGGAGCCAAUCAUUAUCGCCGAGCACGCAGAAUAUUUGCCUUUAAGUUUUUUCGAGAAUGAUAAUGAUAUGACUUGCAACGCCGAGCCGCGUUACAACCCUUUCUUUGUACCCGAUAAGCCCACGACAGGGAGCUAAUGCACAUCCACUGGCACAGGGCUAAUGUUCAGUUGCCAUCAUAACUGGAUCGAAGGGCGAUUUCAUUACGCCGUCGGACUUCGGUGGUCUGCAGAUGCGUUAUGAGCGACGGCUGCUGUGUCGCUCUAUGAAGGGGUUCAUAUCACCUAUAAGUUCGUUGCCUUGUCCUGCGUCUCGCGAUGUCAACUACAAUUGAACCACCCAAACAAGGAGU